AUGUAUUUAGGGAUCUACUCACUACACUAUUUCCAAGAUGUCCCUGAUUUGUAUUUACAAGAACAGUCAAUCAGAGAACCCACUCGAUUAACCAAUGAAUCCCCGAUUUAUCAUUCUAACAAAAGCAGCAACUUAAGAGUUGGGUUGGAUAUUAGAUACGAUUCAUAUAAACUUAGAAGUGGAAAUUUGAAUGAUAUCUGGGAAAUUGCAAUUCAAUUUGCCAAGAAGACCGAUAGAGGUAUAAAUAUCGACAAUAAUUUAAUUACCAUUGGAUAUAUUAAUUAUUGUAUUGAAAACCUACAAUUGGGUUCACACAAAGUUAUUUCCAUUCCUAAAGAUUAUAAAAUUGAUAGUAAAUGGUUGGUUGUGUUAUUUGUUGGGUUUGUUAAACAAUUGACUGUUGAGUUUUAUAUUGACAAGCCGAUUGCUGAUGAUGCUAUUGAUAUUUCAAAAAUAAGUUUACCAUCACCUCCGCAAGGCUCUUACAAGUUUAUUAACAAUUAUACACCAGAGAAAGAUAAAGGUAUUGCCAUCAGAUUACACAAUCAAAUCUCUCAAGGAAUAAAGUCGAUAGUUGAUUUUACACAAUUGAAUAUAGUCAGUGGGGUUGCAUCUACAAUUAAACACUUGCCAAAUUCUGAUACUUACAGGAAUUCAAAAAUGGUGAUUGUAUCGAACAAUUCAACCAACGAGGAUAUCACUAACUUGAUUGUUAAAUUAUUAACGGGGUUAAUAUUGAAUUGCAACAUAACCAUAUGUGACAAGUUUUCCGAAGUCGAUUCUAAUGCGGCAAUUAUUUCCGUCCCAGAACUGAAGUUACCAUUUGUUAGCAACAAGAGUGAUACAAUUACGGAACGACUCCAACGAUAUUUGUUAACAAAAAGUGUAUUCCCGUUUAGAGGUACCAAAAAACUAAUUUACAUCAGCACCUCGAUCAAUAAGAAGUCUGCCUUAUCGUUGUAUGAUUUGAAUACAAUUAGAAUUCAACAUCAAGCAAGAGUUGUGAAGGAAUUAUGUUACUAUAAUAUUGUGGGUCCCAUUAUCCUUACUGAUUAUUAUGAUUACCGACAAUUCAAUAUCAAAGUCAAUAAAGUUGGGUGUAUUGCCCAGUCGUUAGAAAUUAAACUAAUUAAUUUACAGGAUGAGUGGGGGAAUCUACUGGUCCGAGGAUAUACUAUUGGUAAGACUUUGAAUGUUGUUAACGACCAACAAGAAAAGUUGCAACCGAAAGACAAUGAUGGGUUUAUGCCUAUUAGUAUAGUUAAAGGUAAAUGGGGUAAUGAUGGUUGUUUAUAUGUAUUAUAA